AAAUCAAAUUGUUCUCUCCCUCUCUCUCUCUCUCUAUAUAUAUACUCUCUCAACAAGCUAAGCUGUAUGUAUAUGACCCUCUCUCUUUUCUAACGAAAACAUGCUUUAAUUUGAGAAACCCAAUUACCCAAUGGUGUUCAUCAAGAAAAUGGUGGUGUUCACAUGCAGCCUCUUCGCCCCGCAAAGAAUCAAGGAUUCGUGGUCGUACGAGGUGGCCGGAGCCGCCGCAGGGAGUAAAGCGUUGUGCAGUGUGUGCUUAUCGAGAUUGAAAGAGGGAGAUAACGUGAGAGUGUUGCCAUGCAUGCACGAGUACCAUAGGGACUGCGUUGAUAGAUGGCUGAGCGGAAGCCGGAAAACGUGCCCGCUUUGCCGCUUCGCCGUCGACGGAGACAAGCCGGAAAAGGUAGCAGUGUUGACGGAGGAGAUGGUCAUAUGGUUUUCGUCUUUUCAUAUAGCUGGUUUCUGAUCCUAAUUCUUAAAAGAGUAAUCAUAUAUAUAUAUAUAUUUCCUCUCCAACAAUCUUCCCAAUUUGCAUAGAAUUUUUGUUUUGAUCGAUAACAAAUAGACGGAAAACGAGAAAGCAAAAAUGGGUUUUUUUUCCGUUGCCGGGAAUCGAACCCGGGUCCCCUGGGUGAAAGCCAGAUAUCCUAACCGCUGGACGACAACGGAACCACAUGCCAACUGUCAGCUUAUGUAAUUCUUAAUUGUCGCAAAAUACGAAGCAGAAACUUGGAGACAAAGAAUCAACUUUAUUCUUUUUACAAAGCCUACAACAUAACUUUCUGUUUUA